UAGCGCCUUGUACCAGCAUGUGGUAAGCGAGGCAAGAACUAAAGAGUUUGCAAACAAGUUUUUCAGACAGUUCAGCAAGCUACCAGUGAGUGAUGUCCUGUCAGCCGGUUAGGUAUAGCAUCCCAAUUAUGUGAAAUGGCAAUAGCAAAACCAACUCCCGAUUAUACUAGAGUUGUAACUGAAGAAUCCUCAGCAACGAAACAGCUUGUUAAUCCUUAUCUAGUACGAAAAGCAGAACACUCAGAUCUUGUUGCAUUAGCUAGUGAAGUCCAAAGAGCAGAUGAGGAAGUUCGACAUGUUGCAUCAGGAAAAUUGCAAGUUAUUGCAGAGCAAAUCAGAUUUUUACAGGAACAGGCUAGGAGGGUUUUAGAAGAUGCAAAGGAAUCUGCAGACUUGCACAGCGCCAAAUGCAACUUUGUUAAAAAGCCAGGAAACAUAUAUUAUUUAUAUGAACGAAGUUCAGGCCAAUCAUAUUUUUCAAUAAUAUCACCGCAGGAAUGGGUUGGCUGUCCACACACGUUCUUGGCCGCCUACCGGUUAGAGCAUGAUAGGUCAUGGACAAAGCUAGUUGACAUACCUAAAAAGGAUAAAGAACUAAAGAUUAUCGACAAUUUGAUGAAUCAUGGUGGACUACCAUCCUUAGAAAGCUUAGCUUCUAUGUCAGAGAACAAACAAUUAAGCAUAGAGGAGAAUAUAGAAAAAUAGAAUUAAAUUUACAGGAUAAUUUAAGCGUAUAUCUUAAACAAAGAACAUAACAGCGAAAGCAAUCAACUGCAAGAUCAAAACGAGUUUACCACAUUAUUUUAUAAAUACUCGAACUCUCUGCUUCUGGUAAUGCCAAUAUAAAGUUCUUGUUUUUGAUACGAAGUAUUUCUUGUAAAAAAAGUAAUUGUCUAUUAUUUAAACACUUGUUUGCAAGACGUUACUAUAUUAUGUCAUAUAAUUUUGUACUUUGAUUUGACGAGUCUAAUGUGUCGAACUUUGAGAACAAUCUGCGAAACCUUUUUUAAAAAAAGGCUAAGUGACAUGUUUUUUAAAAGCAUAUUGUACGAUAUGUAAAUCCAUAUUUUUUUUUAAAUAACAUGGUAAAAAUUAAUAAGUAAAUAAAGAUUGUCUAUCAUCGUUGCUAUCAGUCUUUUUACAUGCAUUUGAGAAAUUGACUUUCAACCUUGUUUCCAAGGCAUUUUUGUCGCUUUAGACCCUGGUAACAAGGAUGACGAUUUUCAACAUGUGAAGGUUACUUUUACGUAUAUAUGAACCUUUUUAAUAUUUUUUUAACAAUUUAAAUUUGUAUUCUAUAUUAAAAAAAUCUAGCACAGCCUCUGUACAA